CGAGAGUACGAAGUGCGGCAACCCGAGUCAUGGCAGGACAGGCAUUUAGAAAGUUUCUUCCCCUCUUUGACCGAGUAUUAGUUGAAAGAAGUGCACCCGAAGUUGUAACCAAAGGAGGCAUUAUGCUUCCAGAAAAAUCGCAAGGAAAAGUAUUGCAAGCAAUGGUAGUAGCUGUUGGAUCAGGCUCUAAAGGAAAGGGUGGAGAGAUUCAACCAGUUAGUGUGAAAGUUGGAGAUAAAGUUCUUCUCCCAGAAUAUGGAGGCACCAAAGUAGUUCUAGAUGACAAGGAUUCUUUCUUAUUUAGAGAUGGUGACAUUCUUGGAAAAUAUGUCGACGAAAAUAAGUCACUAUUGAAAUGGCAUCACGUGAAGCUGCCCGUUCCCCCAAUGGCAUCACGUGAAGCUGCCACUGAAGUUCUGAAAUCUUUCAUCCUGUAAAUAAUUUCCGUGUUUCUUUUAUAAGAAA